CGGUCAUGUGUUUUGUUUACGCUUAAAACGCUAGAAUCACCCGCAUUGUUCUUCGUUCCGUUGGAAAUCACCUAUUUUCGUCACACUUGAUUACUCCAUUUGUAGAUCUGAGAGAUAUUUCGUUGGAUUCUGCGACAACUUCUCGAGAAAAUCGGGAGGAGUGCGCCGGCAACCCCUCGGCCGGUACAGAAUGGCGUUGUUAUUGAGUGAGGAAGUUUUGAAGAAAUGGGACCGCUCCGGCCGCACAGACUUCAUUAGCGAGGCCAAAACGGUGUUGUCGGAGGAAACGGACGAAAACCUCAAUCAAUUCGGCAAAGCAAUAUGGGAGCUAAUAUCUCGUGGCUUGGACGGCACGCUGAGGCGAGAAUCGAUUGUGUCCACCAUCGGGGAGAUCGUGGCAUCGAACAUCGCCGCAGCUGGCGUCAUUGCUGAUAUUUUGAAUGUGGUCGACAUCGAAACCGCCUGUGAAGGAGACUCGUCGAAAAGAGACAAGUUCUGCUCGAUAACGAGGGACGUCGAACAGCAUUUGAACGAAAAACUGCUGAAAGAGCGGCUGGAAAUCGACACUCUGCAGGAUGUGGGCACUGUCCGGAAUAAAUCGUUUUACACCAAAUUCAUCAAAGUCAAAACGAAAUUAUAUUACAAGCAAAGAAAAUUCAACCUGCUACGCGAAGAGAGUGAAGGCUACGCCAAACUGAUCACAGAGCUGAGCCAGGAAAUCACGGACGAGGUCACCCCAGAGUACAUCCUCGAGGUGAUCAAAUCACUAAUUGGCUGCUUCAACCUGGACCCGAACCGAGUUCUCGACGUCAUCCUCGAGACGUUUGAGUGCCGACCGCAGCACGAUGAGUUUUUCGUUCCGCUCAUCCGCUCGUACAUGGGCGACAGGAAGCUUUUGAGUGAGGUGCUUGGCUACAAAUUCACGCUGUACCAUAAGGGGAUGAAAGAGGCGGCCAAGCCAGACAGCGAGCCGGUCUGCACGCCCACCUCGCUCUACACGGUCACCGCCCUGAUGCUCAAACACGACGUUGUCAGUCUCGACGACAUCUACGGAUGGCUUUUGCCUGAGGACAAGCACAUCUGUACUACCUGGGAAAAAGAAAUGGCUGAUGCUAAGGAGUUUGUUCGCAAGCUGAAUAUUAUCUCAACAAAAGACAAAGAGGAAACGACGGAGGAGCCAGAACCUCCAAAACAAACUGUAAACGUAAAUCAAAAGUUUGGUCUGUGCGAGGCAUUGUGCCGUGUCGGAGCGUGGACGCAUGUACAGAAAAUGUUUGAGCGCAUCCCGGAAACAUGUCUCAUGUCCCAAGCGUGCGUGGCGUCGGCCCUCUGCGAGCUUUUGCACCUCCUGAUUGAACCAGUCUACAGAAAUAAUCUCGGAACAUUGAAUGGCGUUGUGAAGAUGUCAUCAAAUGCACUGAAAAACCUUCCGUCGUCACCAAAACCUGCGCAGACCUUUGCCGACCUGAAGGAAAUGGUCAUGCCAAUGCUGCUCUCGUUAGGACCGUCCCUGCACCUUGAUCCAGUCCUCUUGUGCAAAGUCAUCCGUGUCUUGAAAGCGUCUCUCACUACGGGAAAGAAGGAAAACAUGCAAUCGAAAGCCAUGUACUUUGACAUCAUCACCAUUCUGGAUGAGGUUCUGCUACCCUCCCUUUCCUACCUGGAAUCAAACUGCAGCAUUGCUGAGGAAAUCUGGAGUCUACUGAAACUGUUCCCGUAUCAGCAGCGUUAUUGCUUGUACAUCAGGUGGAAAAACGAGUCGCAUUCCAAGCAUCCAGCCCUGAUGAUGAAACGCGGAGACGCUCUUAAGAAGAUAAAAAACAUCAUGAAAAGAGUUAGCAAGGAAAACGUGAAACCGGUCGGCAGGUCCAUAGGAAAGUUGACCCACAGUUCACCAGGAUUUUUAUUUGACUAUGUUGUGACUCAAAUUCAAGUGUACGACAACUUGAUCAAUCCUGUUGUGGACUCACUAAAGUACUUAACAAGUCUUUCUUACGACGUGCUCGGCUGUUGCCUGGUGGAAGCUUUAUCGCAAGCUGACAAGAAACGCUUCAAGCACGACGGCACCAGCAUUUCGCUAUGGCUGCAGAGCUUAGCUAGCUUCUGCGGCGCCGUUUUCAAGAAGUACCCCAUUGACCUUGCUGGACUGCUGCAAUACGUCGCAAACCAACUACUGGCACAAAAGAGCUUGGACCUGUUGAUUGUGAAAGAAAUCGUUCACAAAAUGGCUGGAGUGGAGGCCGCUGAGGAGCUGACUUCAGACCAACUGGAAGCCACAUGCGGUGGAGAGCUUCUGAGAGGCGAAGCCAGCAACUACGUGGUGACCAAGAACACAAAGAAAUCGUCCAACCGGCUGAAAGAGUCGCUCACGGAACACAACCUGGCUGUUCCCUUGUGCCUGUUGAUGGCUCAACAGCGAUACUGUGUUGUUUACAAAGAAACGGAACAAAGCCAUUUGAAACUUGUGGGAAAGCUCUUUGAUCAGUGUCAAGACACUCUAGUGCAAUAUGGAACAUUCCUAGCGUCAAGCUUGAACAUUGAAGAGUACAACUCGAGACUGCCUCCAAUCAGCAAUUUGCUGUCAAAAUACUACAUUCACUCGGACGUUGCAUUUUUCCUGGCCAGACCAAUGUUCAAUCACGCAAUUAACAACCAAGUAGACAUCUUGAGAAAGGGUCGGUCCAGCCAGAAGAGCUUGACUGUGGCCGAGAAGCACGAACUGUACAUCGAGGCGUGCGAGCUUAUUUUGAAUCCGGUCGUGGAUUCAGUGAAGCCGCUGCACCCUCCCAAGGUGUGGGAGGACAUCUCGCCCAACUUCAUCGUCACCUUCUGGUCUCUCACUUCCUAUGAUCUCUACGUGCCAGCUGAAGCGUACCAGCGCGAGGUGGACAAACUCAAACAGCAGGCGCACCAGCAGUCGGACAGUAAGGACGGCAGCUCAACCAAGAACAAACGCGAGCAGGAGAAGACGCUCGCGAUGGUCGAGCGCCUUCAGGAAGAGUGGAAGAAGCACAACGAGCACGUCGAUAAGGUCAUGGCUAGGCUCAAGAAAGAAAAAGAUACGUGGUUCUUGUCUCGCUCAGCGAAAUCGGCUAAGAACGAGACGAUUACGCAGUUCCUGCAGCUAUGUGUGUUCCCGCGCUGCACGUUCACAGCUCCAGAUGCCCUGUACUGUGCCAAGUUUGUGGAGGUCAUUCACAGCCUCAAGGCCACAAAUUUCACGACGCUCCUUUGCUACGAUAGAAUCUUUUGUGAUAUUACCUACAUGGUGACGUCGUGCACAGAAAACGAAGCCAAUCGGCUGGGCCGGUUUCUAUGCGCGAUGCUGGACACCGUGACGCGCUGGCACAAGAGCAAAGAAACCUACGACGAUGAAUGCGCCAAUUUCCCUGGGUUUGUUACCAAGUUCAAAGUAAGUAAUCAGUUUUCCGACGCCAACGACCACGUUGGAUACGAAAACUACCGCCACGUGUGCCACAAAUGGCAUUACAAGAUCACCAAGGCGCUGGUCGUUUGCCUCGACUCGAAGGAUUACGUGCAGAUCCGCAAUUCACUCAUCAUCCUCAUCAAAAUCCUCCCGCACUUCCCGGUCCUAGUCAAACUGUACCACAUAAUUGACGCCAGAAUCGAGAAGGUGAGGAGUGAGGAGAAGGACAAGCGACAGGAUCUUUACAUCCUAGCUACGUCGUACAGUGGUCAAUUGAAGGCCAGGAGCUCCAAGAUGAUCCACGAGAAGGACUUUCAUCUUGUGUCCGAAAAGAGAGCGGGUGAAACAGCAAAAAGCGAAGCUAACGCGAGCGAAAGCGCCAGCAAGAAAUCCGAAGCCAACGGCACUUCCAGUGACAGCAAAAAGCUGAUUGUGGUGACUACUCAAGUUGGGUCCAAGAGCUCCCGAAAGGUGGAGGCGACAAGUAGUAGGGAAAGUCAGAAGAAGGAGGAGAAAAAGGACGACGGAGACCGAAGGACGAAAGAACGCAGGGAGUCACCAACCAGCAACAAAUGGGAGCGAGACAGAUACGAUGAGGGAAGUAGCCGCCAUAGAGACAAUGCUGACGCCGAAGUGAGCAGUUUAUCAAAUAGCAGUCCUACAGCCUCUAGGCUCAGCCAAGAGCCAGACCCAGACGUAAAGAGGCGCAAAAUCGAAGCUCCCUCCAAGAGGUCGGAAGCCGACGACAAGGCUGACAAAAAAGAUAAAUCCAAAGCCAAGAGCAGUCGCGAAGAAGAAAAAGACUCCCGGAAGGAGCGAAAAACCGGAAGAAAGAGGGAACGAGGCGAAGAAGGCGCGUCAACGUCGGACUCUACCAAACGCAGGAAGGAUGAGGAGAGGAAAGCCCAAAACGGAGACCAGGACCCGAGGCUUAGGUUCAGCAGGGAGCGGUCGCCCUACAGCAGAGAGCGUUCUUACGACGAGCGAGACAAACAAUAUCCUUUUCAUCAACGUCAAAUUAUAUAUAUUUUUUUAAUUAAAUAUUUAACAUGUCAUAUAGAUUUUUCGAUAAUUCCUUAACAGAAUAUUCACCAGACGCACAACUGAGAGCAAAAGCAGAAGAUGAUGGCCGUCUGAAGAAGCUUUUGUAGAUGUCACUAGGCGGAAUCAGUUGGAUGUCUUCUUUUAAAUAUUAAUUGUAUCUUUCGUUUUGAAUUAAAUCAAGGAGAGAGUAUUUCAUCAAAUCUCUUGAUAAAACUAAUUGUUUUCAAUUUUGAGACAAUUUUCCUGAUACAGUUAAAUAAUGCUUAUCAAAAAGGGAAAAGCUAUUUCUUUAAGGAUUUUGUGAAAUAUAAUUUUCAAUCGUUAAAUGAGAUGAAAUUUCAAACUUAAAUAAACAAAAGAUUUUUGAAAGUUA